CUGUUCGAGAUUGUUCGAGAUUCUUCUUCCAAGUUCCAUUCGAGUCUCCCUCUUCGAGAGAACUCCUUGGCUUUUCGAUUUUCCUUGUCGUUGCGAAGGGAGAACGAAGGAGGCCUUCCCAAAGGCUUCACAAAUUGCUUGUCCCUCUUGAGCUAUUGAGUUCUUGAAGCAACAGGGACAAGCAGCGGCGGUGCAACGGUUUGGCCUUCUCCACUCAUUUUUAGGGAGCCGAAUACUAUCCAUCUUCUAGUUUGAAAACUUGAGGAUUCAUGGAAGCCGAGGCGCCUGCCAUCAGAGCCUUGGGUUCUCUCUUCAAGCUCACUGAAGUCUUUUUGUGGACCGAUGACGCUCUUGUAUACGAAACAGAGGUGUCCACUUCAUUUGUUCGUCAAGUUUUCGUCUUGCCAAGUUGCUUGUAUUUCGAAGGUUGAAUCUACUGUUAAUGAUUACACUCCGUCAGAGGAUAUGGAACUCAUCAGACAAAUGAAUGAUUUGGGGCUUUCUGUUUCCUUCAGCACAAACAAGGAGCUCUUUGAUUUUGGUCUUGUUGUAACUGUUGGGGCCCAAAACAAGAACAACAUUAAGCUUUCUGGCACUUUGGGUUAUGUAGCCCUGGAAUACCUUUUAGAUGAUGUAAAAGAUAUAAAAUGUGUGAUCAAUUACGAUUUCCUGUCAAGCCUUGAAGAUUAUGUUCAUAGGAUCGGGGCGAACUUACUCAUGCAAAUGCAAAGUUUGCCAGAGAUCUUAUUAAGAUCCUACAAGAUGGUUGACAAGCUGUUAGUCCAGCAUUGGUUGCAAUGGCCUGGUCAAGUGGUUCACAUGGUGGAGGUUCAGGUUCACGGGGGAACUUCCACUCAAGGGGAUGGGGAGGUGGUGGUUUUGGAAAUUGAGCUUUGAUUUCUAGAUCCAACACCGUACCACUUGGUACAAGGAAUCCAUGGUAGCGCCUAUUCUUCGGUGGGACGGUGAACUACGCCGACAACACAGGUGUGAAGAACCUAUACAUCAUCUCUGUGAAAGGGAUCAUGGGUUGUCUCAACAGAUUUCCGUUGGCCUGUGUUGGUGACAUGGUGAUGGCCACCAUGAAGAAAGGGAAGCCUGAUCUCAAGAAAAAAGGCCAUGCCUGCUGUCAUUGUUCGACAAUAGAAGCCAUGGUGCUGAAAGGACGGUGUCUACAUGUACUUCGAAGGUCAAUUAUUUUUCAUUUUGUUCUGUUGUUUUCUUUCUUUGUUAUGUUUUCUGUUAUAUAUUUUUUGUCCCCUUUCAAAUGCACCGGUAGAUCUAAUCAAAGUUCUUUCAUUUUUUCUCCUCUUUAUUGCUUUUUUUCCAUGAGAUUUUAAAGCUUCCUGUCUUUAAUCUGAAUAUGAUGGCUCUUUUAUUGUAUUCGUCGGUAACUUGUAUUCUGUUAGCAUUGAAUGUUAAGAUCAUAUAAUUCUUUAAA